UGGACGUCCGUGAGAGGCGCCAGGCAGCAAGCCCGGCUUUGGGUCGGUGCGAGCGGCGCGUCCAGAAGUGGCCGAGCCUCCCAGGUGUUUCUGCAUGAAAGAAGAUCAGCUACAGUGGAAGAGGCUUAACAGGCUUUAGGAUGUCUGAAGAUGAAGAAAAGGUGAAGUUACGCCGCCUUGAACCAGCUAUCCAGAAAUUCACGAAGAUAGUGAUCCCGACAGACCUGGAGAGGUUAAGAAAACACCAGAUAAACAUUGAGAAGUAUCAGCGGUGCAGAAUUUGGGACAAGUUGCAUGAAGAGCACAUCAAUGCAGGGCGCACUGUUCAGCAACUCCGCUCUAAUAUCCGAGAAAUGGAAAAGCUUUGCUUGAAAGUCCACAAGGAUGACCUGGUUCUUCUGAAGAGGAUGAUCGAUCCUGUGAAGGAAGCAGCAGCAGCGGCCACAGCAGAGUUUCUCCAGCUCCAUCUGGAGUCUGUUGAAGAGCUCAAGAAGCAAUUUAAUGAGGAAGAAGCCUUAUCACAGUCUUCUCUCACCAGAUCCACGACUGUUGGUGGAGCACUCCACGUUUCCGAGGCUGAAGCUACUUCUCAGAGUCUGACUCAGAUAUAUGCCUUGCCUGAAAUUCCUCGAGACCAAAAUGCUGCUGAGUCCUGGGAUAACUUAGAAGCGGACUUAAUUGAACUUAGCCAUCUGGUCACUGAUUUCUCCCUCCUAGUGAAUUCUCAGCAGGAGAAGAUUGACAGCAUUGCAGACCAUGUCAACAGUGCUGCUGUGAAUGUUGAAGAGGGAACCAGAAACUUGGGGAAGGCUGCAAAGUACAAGCUGGCAGCCCUGCCUGUGGCAGGUGCACUCAUCGGAGGAGUGGUGGGGGGUCCCAUCGGCCUCCUCGCAGGCUUCAAAGUGGCAGGAAUUGCAGCUGCACUUGGUGGUGGGGUAUUGGGCUUCACAGGUGGAAAAUUGAUACAAAGAAGGAAACAGAAAAUGAUGGAGAAGCUCACUUCCAGCUGUCCAGAUCUCCCUAGCCAAAGUGACAAAAAAUGCAGUUAAAGCCCACACUUCCAGCUGGUGCCAAUGCAUCCAUCCUAAGGAGCACCUUGCUGCUGUUGAAUGCUCAGCUGUUGGAACACAGUAUUGGGGAGUGGCUCUUCAUGUCCAUGUGGUACUGAACCACCAUAACCGGAUGUAUUUGUUUGCUGGCUGUUAAUGGAGAUGUUAGAGGAGCCUGGGCUUGAGAGUAUGUGAUGUCUAUCGGGUCAGUUUAAAGACUGCCAAAGAGAAAAUGUUCUGCCUGGAAAUGUGAAAACUGAACCUCUAACUCUAAGGAUCUAAGAUGUGUGAAAUGUGUCGGGCACACGAGGGUCAGUGUGUGUGUAGAUUAUUUCCCCUACAGAGAAGGAACGGAAUGUGAGUUCUGGAGUCUUUCUGUCAGAUAGGGAUGUUGCUGCUACCAAGGGGCCCGGGUGAACUACUUCUGUGCUUGGAUCCAUCUAUGUUUUCUGGUGAAGGAAACUAACACUAUAAAAUGGACAGAGAUGCCCACUUUCUCUUGACAAUCUCUUCAUUGUGACAUGGGUGACAUCUUUUCUGAAAUCUUCCCUGCCUUUCCAGCUAAGGUGCACAGAAGCUCGUGUGCUGGAUCUGCUGACCCAGCCACAAACCCACUUGCAGCUGGUGAUUCUGAAGCAGGUGAUUCUGAAGGUUCUCUGCUUCUGGGGUGAAUUCUACCAUCUUGUGAGGAUUUUUCUCAUAAUCUGCCUUUUUAUACCAUUUCCCAUCUCUAGUUACCCCUACCUGUAAUCUCUUAAGUUGAAAAACAAAAAUUUAAACAUUCCCAACAUUUUUUGGGCAAAGGGGAGUACAAGGUCACAUCAUGGGGCACUUUAGAACUUGAAGGGGCUGACAUACCUGCCUCGAGGGGUCUGGCCCUCAGUCUUGUAGCGAGGUUGAGAAGGAGCUUUCUACCUCACUUCUGUUACCACUGCUGCCCUUUCUCAGGCUCUUUCCUGUCCUUCAGUUUUCUCUGCCACUCUCCCAGUGUUCACACAUAACUUCUCUCAUGUUCUAAACGGCCAAGAUUCAGACCCAGUGAAAGAUCUGUGGUGCUAACCCAACAGAUAACAUGGGCAGCGGCCACAGGCCAGUCCAGCUCCAUGUCUGUCUCAAACAUAAAGGUUUGAAAUUUAGAGAAAAGGAAUUUAAGACUGCAGGCAGCCUCACCCUGCAUCCUAACUCAUCCUAUCAGGAAGGAGCCACUGGCCGCCUUAUUCUUCAAUCUCCCCUGAGGAGAAAGCACAGUCAGCCAGGAGCAUGGGUUCAAGGACCAAAGGGUUUAUUCUUUUUUUUUUUUUUUUUUUUUUUUUUUGGUUUUUCGAGACAGGGUUUCUCUGUGUAGUUUUGCGCCUUUCCUGGGACUCACUUGGUAGCCCAGGCUGGCCUCGAACUCACAGAGAUCCGCCUGGCUCUGCCUCCCGAGUGCUGGGAUUAAAGGCGUGCGCCAUCACCGCCCGGCGGGUUUAUUCUUUUAAGAGCUGUGUUGAGUCAGGCCGUGGUGGUGCACGCCUUUAAUCCCAGCACUCGGGAGGCAAGGGCAGGCAGAUCUCUUUGAGUUCAAGGCCAGCCUGGUCUACAGAGUGAAUUCCAGGACAGGCCUCAAAGCUACAGAGAAACCAUCUCAAAAAACAAAAACAAAAACAAAAACAAAAAAGUGUUGUUGAUGUUUGACCUCUAUUGAUUGAUUGAUUGCUACUUUUCCUUCUGUGUUGCAAGAUCUUUCCCUUUGAUGCUUUUGAGUCUUACUGAUGCAUUCAUUCCUAUGGAACGAAGCACUACAUCAUAUUAAACUAUUAGGAGGUAUCAAGUAUUUGUUAUCUGCUGACUUAAGACUUUAAUAUCCCCCUCCCCCAAAAAAGGAAGUACUUGAGUGUCAGAUUCUGAGUCACUGACACUGGGAACUAAGUAUUUGGAGUAAUGUUUUUAACUUCAUCCUUUGUUCUCUGUUUCUUGCUGCUCCUUUAAGGUGGGCAUGUCAAACCUGAGCAGGAGGCAGAACUCAUCCAGAUUUUAUUUAAAACAAGAUGCUUUUUAAAUUUUGUUUUUCAAGAUGGUUUCUCCUAUGUUAGCCCUGGCUGUCUUGGAACUCACUCUAUAGAUCAGGUUGGCCUUGAACUCAGAGAUGCACCUGCCUAUGCCUUGGAGGGCUGGGAUUAAAGGCACACGUUGCCACCGCCUGACUAAAACAAGAUUCUGGAACCUCCAUCACGGGUAAUUCUGAUAUAGCCAGUCCAGCCUGCUUCGCUGGAAUUAUAAGAAUAGCAAUGUUGUUUCAUUGUUUAAUCUCCCACGUUCACCUCAUCUUCCUCAUGGCUUAGUACUCAUCCCGCCAGUCCCCAGAGGGCCACUCAGUCAAUGUGCCAUAAGAGCCACAGCACAAAGGACCCAGAAGAGCCAGGAUGAGGCUUGCAUUUGAAACCCACGUCUUCGGGACUUUGCACUUUUACUGAGCCAAUGUGGGAACUGUUGACAUGAUCAUGAACUGUCAGUACUGGGCUUUUGACUCUAGCCGUCUAAAUGCUUAAGGAAGUUCCAGUCUUCUUAAAUUUUUAUACUUUAAAGUUACUUAGAAAUUGUACCUCAUUUCCCUACAAUUGAACCUAAUAGCUAACUUUUUGUGGAAAUUGCUUAGAAGUGUUUAAUCAACUAUAAAUGAUAUAAAGUACUUAAAAGUAUAAAUUAGUCAAUAUGACACAGAAGUGAUCUUAAAAUUGGACUUAAUAUGCCCCAUAGUGUCAAGUUAAAUUUAUCUUCUCUAUGAUUUAUGUCUUAUUUUUAUUUCAACCAGUUAAAAAGGACCACUUUAAUUAAGCUCAUAAAAAUUGUUAAGACUCAUUUCAGUAAUGGCAGCACUUCUAAAGACUUUUUGAUGUUACAAUCGGAGAAUUUCUCUGAAAUUUUGGUGUAACACGCAGUAAAAAAAAAAUAUUAAAAUUGAACAUAUAUACAUGAAAAAUGUUUAUCAUUAUGUGCAAUACAUUUCGAUGUUUUGUUUUUCAACAUACUAAUUUCAAUCUACUAAACCAAUUGCUACCUGCAGUUUUCAGAAAACAUCCUUCCCUACAGAAGAACUGGUGUUUCCCAAGCAGUUAGCCAGGCACUUUACCAGGCAUUUAUGGAGAGGGUAACUGGGCCUCAGAGGAAUUGAGUAACGUGUAGAGUCAUUCAAUUCCAGAGGAAGCUAGGAUGGGACCGGGUGUGUGUUGAUGCUCAGUCUCUCUUAGUUAUGCUCUGCCACCUCUCCUGAAGCCUACAAGGCCAGCUGUGAACAACCCAUGCUGGUCAUUUGCUUCUUUGUCUUCUGGUGCCUCAUCAGGUGUCCACAGCCUGCUUUUAAUUGUGGCCAUGGCAGGACACAGCCCUGUACUGUUCCUCAAGUAUAAAAUGAAGAGCGCCACUAUCCUGCCCCACCCUCUACACUGGUUUCUAUCAUAGAUUAUGAUCAUUGUUUAACGUGUUUUAUAUAAUUAAAAACAAUCAUUAGUACUUUUUUUUAAGACAAAUCUCUCAUAGCUUUUAGAAUAAAUUAAUCAUCACCCUUUACAUGAUGCCCCUGGGAAGCCAUGCACACACGGUAGGGUGCUGGGGACACUUAGGCUGUUUCUGAACAUCUGGGAAGCCAUGCACACAUAGUAGGGUGCUGGGGACACUUAGGCUGUUUCUGAACAUCUGCUUUUGGAUUUGCCACCAAAGAAUUGCACAUCAAAUAAGAAAAACCACAGGCCAUUUCCCAUACCUUUGUGACCUGCUCUUUUCCCAUCUCAAUUUUGUGUCUUCUGUUGGCUUAACUAUCCUACCUCGCACACAGAAGCCAGGGACCUAACAUGCCUAGAAAGUGAGCAUGCUGAAGCUGCCUAGAACUGGCCAUACUUCUAGAGCAGGGCCUGGGGUUACCCUGAAACUCCUGCAUGGCCACAAAUGUCCUUCUGUCUGUCUGCCUUCCAUGCUCUAUGUUUUCUGCAGCGUGAGAACAGGAUGCUCAUAACACCCAAUGUUCACAAGGUGGCUUGAAAUAGAACUACAGAUAUCUAGCACACAAUAUUCCAGUAAAAGCCCAGAAGCCAAACCAUCCUUUGACUAGCUAGUGACAAAGGCAUUUCUCAAAAGAGCCCCAGAAGCCCUUCACUGAGAGCACAUGGACUCUGGAUAGAGGAGGGAAAGCCUGAGGUAAGGUCCUCCAUGUACACACAAUGCUUUCUCACCACAGACUAGAAUGUGGCUGUGGUUCUCAGGUGGUUACAGAGAUCUGAUGAUGUUCCCAAGUAGUUGGAGGUCUAACAAGGCCAGGGUGCUUCCUCUCUGAUCCAGUCAUCAAACACAUUCAUACUGUUUGUGUAUGGAGUUUUGUUGUUUUUGUUUUCUGAAAUAGGUUUUACUGGUAGCCCAGGCUGGCUUUGAACUUGCAAUCCUCCCACUGCCAUUUCCCAAGUGUUGAGAUUAUAAGCAUCCAACUCUGUUUUAUAACUGUUACUAACGCCCAUGUUUCUAGCAAAUGGUUCUAUUUGGGUUCAUCAGUUUGACACCCUUACACACACACACACACACA